UGGAAGUUAAAACUUGAAGGGACGUUGAAGCAAUGCAGGGGCAAAUGCCAUGUGCAGCGGCGGCCUGUUCCAGCUCCAAGCUUCAGCCAUUGAACCUGCCCAAAAUGGCUGUCGACCAGUGCAAGAAGGCUUCAGCACCAAGGCUCGUCCUACAGAUUAAGUUGCCCUACUUUAAGCCAAACUUCAGUUGGCUCACAGCAUUCCAAAAGUGCCUCGUCUUUCAAAGGUACGACACAUUCCUUAUUCAAGCUUCCAGUUCUCACCAGCUUUUACUAUUAGCUCAAUCAAACGCUUCCCCUACUCACCGAUCAGCUCGGACCUCAAGAUGUCUCCCGUUAACGUCCUCGUCAUCGGUGCCACUGGCUACAUUGGGCGGCACAUUGCUCUGGCAGCCGCAGCGGCGCCUGAGGUUGGGGCAUAUGCCCUCAUCAGCAAGGCGACAGCUGGCAAGCCCGAGAGGAAGGAGGUGCUGGAGCAGCUGCGCAGCGCCGGCGUCCAGUUUCUGGAGGGAGACUUGUACGACCACGCCAGUCUAGUUGCUGCUCUGAAGCAGGUGUCCAUAGUCAUCUCCACCGUCAGCUUUGCUCAGCUGGCGGACCAGACCAAGAUUAUUGAUGCCGCCAAGGAGGCCGGGACCAUCACGCGGUUCCUACCGUCCGAGUUUGGGCUUAACCCCAGUGAGAAGACAAUCGAAGCAUUUGGGGAGCUCGCUACGCUCUGGGCAAUCAAGAAGAAUCUGCUUCCUGUGCUGGUCGAGUCAGGGAUCCCUUACACACUCGUCUGGUCCAACGGCUUUGCGGGCUACUCUUUGCCGGGUCUCGGCGCGUUGGGGCCCCCGGUGACGGACGAAGUCACGGUGUUUGGCUCUGGGGACGUUAAGAGCGUCAAUGUCGACGAGGGUGACAUCGGGACGUACACAAUUAAAGCAGCGCUCGACCCGCGGGCCGCCAACAAGACAGUUCACCUGGAGCCUCCGCAAAAUUUUCUCACCCAAAACGAGCUGAUUGCACUCGCGGAGAAGGCCCGGGGAAAGACGUACAAGCGCAAGACGGUGUCGGCCGAGGAGCUUCUUCAGCAGUACAAAACUUUUGACCCGUCCAUCAAGUUCCUGCCCUACCUCCACUACUCCAUCUGGAUCGCCGGUGACAUGCUCCAGCCUCUGCCUGAAGGCCACGUGUCAUCCGUCGACCUCUACCCGGACGUGGAGUAUAAGACGCUUGCUCAGCUUCUCUAGAAGUAGGUUUAGCUUUGGUGCCGUUGGAUAAUAAUACGUCUAAAUAGUAGCGGUGCGUUUGUAUUCCAAUCGAUCCUUGACAAUGUGUACAGCCUUACUUGGUACUAAUACCUUCCAAGAAAGCCUGGUCCGAGGAGUCGAGCUCGGGGCUUAGUUCAGCCGGUCUCGAAAAACUUAUAACUUAGUUGCACUGGUCGAGUCGUUCGUGGACUCGCGAUAGUUACUAGGAUUAAGUCGAUGGUGGUUUCAAAAAAUACUGCUAUUACCAGGUUCUUGUGAGCGUCGGAGCUGUUGCUGUAAGAUAGUAUUGAUACUGUAGUGGGCUGAGACACUUGUGUUGUAAAAGUAGCUCGAUCGUGACAGUCAAUUGUAAGCAAUUGGAAAACAUUUUCGUGAAAUUUCGUAUCUGUACAAGAAACCGCAGUGAUAUAUACGAUUGCCUUGGCACUUCUCUCAACACG